AUGGGGGAGUGGGAAUUAGAGCUUGGGUUGACCAGCUGGCAAUUUGCCACCGAGAUAAAACCUAUGGUGAGACGGCACACAAUUUCAGUUUUUGUUGGUGAUGAAAGUGGAAUGAUAAAUCGAAUUGCAGUAGUCUUUGCAAGGAGGGGAUACAACAUUGAGUCCCUUGCGGUUGGUCUGAACAAAGACAAGGCUCUGUUUACUAUAGUUGUGUCUGGAACUGAAAGGGUGUUAGUACAAGUUAUGGAGCAGCUUCAAAAACUUUUGAAUGUGUUGAAGGUUGAAGAUAUCUCGAAGGAGCCGCAGGUAGAACGUGAAUUGAUGCUAAUAAAAAUCAAUGCAGAUCCGAACUACCGUGCUGAGGUCAUGCGGCUGGUGGAUAUCUUUCGAGCAAGAAUCGUGGAUAUCUCAGAUCACUCAUUGACUAUAGAGGUGUUUGCUGGUGCACUUUGA